AUGGUAAAUUUGAACUAUGUGGAAACACUCAAUCAAAAAGUCGAAGCUGACUGCAGUGAUCUUUUUUUAGUCCUCCAAUCUGAAUUUAUCCAAUUAAAAUUCAAAGCAGCUAGGUGUGCGAGGAAAUGCUUCAUAGAAAAAUUGAUGCCAGAAUCAUUUCGAUGUGAAAAAGGGUGCAUGGAAGGGAUUUCUAAUGUAAAACAAUUGAUUGAGAAAAAGCAAAAAGAGGCACAAGAUAACUUUCAUAGAUGUGUAGAAAGGACUGGGAGAAUGUCGGAAGGGCUUGAUGAAGGGGAGGAUAUUAUGGAUAUAGAAACUGGGGUAACAAAUUGCUAUGAAAAGUUUAGGGUUAAUAUAAAGAGAAUGAAGGGGGAAAUGAUCACAGAGUUUAGCUAUUAUCAAUAA